ACUUUCUUAAUAUUAUAGUUCGGUUUGUAAAUGAGACAUCUGUAGUCAAAAUGUUGACAAAACUCAUAGAGCGUCCAAACUGUCUUCUAAAUCAAAGGAAUCGCUAUCAAUUGCUGACCACACUGCUGAUUAAUUUAAUUUGCAUUACUCAUGGGAUUAACAUUGGUUGGUUUUCACCAACUAUGCGAAAGAUGCAAACACCCGAAUCUCCCCUUAGUUUUCCGGCCAGUGUCACUGAAGUCUCCUGGAUUGGAUCAGCCUUAGGCUGUGGUGCCAUGGUGGGUAAUGCUCUCAUUGGAUUGAUACUUCCUUAUGUUGGCAGCAGGUUCUGUCUUCUCUUCGUGGCCCUUCCUCAAACAUGCCUCUGGUUCUUGGUCUAUUUUGCCGAAAGCGUUGAAUAUCUUUAUGUGGGACGCUUUCUAGCAGGCAUCUCUAGCGGCGGCAUGUAUAUUGUUCAUUCCAUGUUCCUCAGCGAAAUUUCAGAUGCCAAAAUUCGUGGAACCCUCGGAGCUAUGGUGAUGCUAUCUGUGAAUAUAGGCAUACUUCUAGGCUACAUUAUGGGCACACAUAUUUCCUUCAAUAUUACACCUUUUAUAGUUUUAAUUUUUCCGCUUAGUUACUUUAUAUUUACGUUAUUUUUUAUUCGGGAAUCUCCUGUGCAUCUCAUAAGAAAAGGAAAGUUGUCAGCUGCUGAGAAAUCUUUCAGAUAUUAUAAGAAUAUCCAGGAUACUAGUCAAGCCUCUGUAAUAUCAGAAUUCGAGGAAAUGAGAAAGAAACUGACUGAGGAUGAAAAAUUACUUCAUAACGUUACCAUCAAAGACUUUUUCUCCAGAUCGGCAUUUAAGGCCUAUGCUCCAGCAGCGGUUCUUCUAAUUGUAAACCAGUUUAGUGGACUCUUCGCAAUGGUCAGCUACAUGUCAGACAUAUUCGAUAUGUCUGGGAGCACCAUGGAUCCCGAUACCUGUACCAUUAUCAUUGGCAUAGUGCAAAUUCUGGGCACGUAUGCAACGACACUGCUAUGCGAUAUUUCGGGGCGCCGAAUUCUUCUCGUCGCCUCUUCGGGUGGUGUGGCUGUCAGCCUCACAGGUUUCGGGUUCUUUACCUACUUUGCAACCUGGUACGAUUUGAAGGAAUGGAGCUGGGUUCCCCUCGUACUUAUGUCUCUCUGCAUCUUUAUGGGAAAUAUCGGACUCGUUGGUUGCUUUUUUAUGGUCUUAGUCGAAUUGUUUCCCCUUAAGAUACGAGCGAGGGCAACAUCAAUAGCCGUUGUUAUAUGCGGAUCGUUUGUCUUUAUAAUGCUCAACAUACUUCCACUGUGUAUGGCUCUAUGGGGUCUACCGGCUACGAUGUGGUCGUGUGCGGCAAUAACAACAUGUGGCUUUAUUUAUUUUGCAUUGUUUUUGAAGGAAACAAAAGGCAAAUCAAUGCUUGAAGACUGAUGUUAUCAGUUAAUAAAAAAUAUUCAUACAAAAUUAA